ACAGACAGACAGGUAUCGCCUCCCUUCCCCCACCUUCUCUUUACUUUGGAUUUGUUCGGUUUAACGUGAUAACCGAUGGCUUCAAGUUCAGAGAACACUCGUGAUGAGAAAAACGAUUCCAAGAGUAAGAGCCCUAAACAGGGAUCUGGCUCAGGAGGUUCUCCUUCUCCUUCACCUGCUGAUUUUGGUAUUGACUUCAAUGCUUUUGAUUUCUCUAGCAUGGCCGGUAUUCUCAAUGACCCAAGCAUCAAGGAAUUGGCUGAGCAAAUUGCCAAAGACCCCACCUUUAACCAGUUAGCUGAGCAGCUUCAAAAAUCUGUUCCAAGUGCAUCAUCAACUGAAGGAGCUCUCCCUAACUUUGAUCCGGAACAGUACAUGGCUACAAUGAAUCAGGUUAUGGGUAACCCUGAGUUCAGAACCAUGGCCGAGAAACUCGGUAACGCCUUGGUACAGGAUCCACAAAUGUCUUCAUUUAUGGAGGCUUUCGCUAACCCUGGAGCAACAGAGCAGUUUACUGAGCGUAUGGCACAGAUGAAAGAAGAUCCUACCUUGAAACCUAUAUUAGCUGAGAUAGAUGCUGAUCCUUCCGCCAUGAUGAAGUAUUGGAAUGAUAAAGAUGUUUUGAAGAAGCUAGGCGAAGCAAUGGGUAUAGCUGUUGGAGCUGAGCAGAAUGUUGCAGCUGAACCUGAACCUGAGGAGGCAGAAGAAGGAGAAGAUGAAGAAGAGUCUAUUGUACAUCAGACUGCUAGUCUUGGUGAUGUUGAGGGUCUGAAAGCUGCGUUAGCAUCUGGGGGUAACAAAGAUGAAGAAGACUCUGAGGGAAGAACAGCAUUACAUUUUGCAUGUGGAUAUGGGGAGGUGAAAUGUGCUCAAGUUCUUGUGGAUUGUGGAGCAAAUGUCAAUGCAGUUGACAAAAACAAAAACACUCCACUGCAUUAUGCCGCUGGUUAUGGACGGAAAGAGUGUGUAAGCCUUCUCUUAGAGAAUGGUGCUGCAGUCACACUGCAAAACACAGACAGUAAAACUCCAGUUGAUGUGGCAAAGCUUAACAAUCAGCUCGAUGUUGUUAAGCUCCUUGAGAAGGAUGCUUUCCUCUAAGAGAUUUGAGAACAUGUCUUGUCGCUCUUCUGUGUUCUGUAAUAGUAUCACAGGCCAUUGCCUUCUACAACCUUCGUCUUGGUCUUUUUCAGUAUUACCUUUGGAAAAAAAGAAAAAUUAAGAAAGAGUAAAUGGAUAUUUUCUUU